CAACCAUGGCUGAGCGUGAUCGUCCAGUACACCGGCUCCAAGCCCACCCACAACACCAACAUGGGGGUGGCAUGAAGUCCCAUUAUCAACAAAGGGGUCCAUCGACAACCAAAGUUCUAGGAGUCCUUGCUCUCCUCCCUGUGGGUGGGACACUGCUUGCACUUUCUGGCUUGACACUCCUUUGUAGUGUCAUUGGGAUAGCUGUGUCCACACCACUCUUAAUCAUCUUCAGCCCAGUUCUUGUCCCAGCUGCCAUUGUUAUAGGCCUAGCUGUUACUGGGAUUUUGUGUGCUGAAGCUUUUGGGUUGACUGGGCUUUCAUCACUCUCUUGGUUCCUGAAUCACAUUAGGAUGAAGGCCAGAAGGGCUUUGCCACAAGAGGUGGACCAAGCCAAGAGGGGCAUGCAGGACAUGGCAGGUUAAAUGGGCCAGAAGACUAAGGAGGUGGGCCAAGAGAUUGAGAUAAGGCCCAAGAGAGGAGGAGGACAUGAGAGGCAUGAGGUUUUCAACUUGUGAAGUCACAUCUUACAACUUGGAAAAAGAAAGAAAGAUCAAGAAAGAGAGAAUGGUUUGAGAAGUAAAGAUGUGAGAGAUGGAAAAGAAAUAAUGUUAUGUUUGUUGUGUAGAUGCACAUGUUUGUUUUAUGUAAUUGUUGAUGUGUUUUAAAGGUAGAUAAGUUUGGA